AUGGUCCGGCGGGAGUCAUCCCGGUCCUCCCUAAGGUGCAGACAUACCUGCCUGUCCCACUGGAGGAGCCCUGCAGAGUCAGAGUCCCACAUGGAGAGAGCCAAGAUGGCUGCUGAAUCGAGGCCUAGCUCACUCAAAACUCCCGAGACGCAGACCAACCAGGAGGACGGUAUCGCAAAAGCCUUUGACACAUUCUGGGCUAAAUAUCGGGAAAUAACCCUGCAGAACGAGACCCAGUGUGCCUUGACGGCACCGACCCAAAGCAACUCACAGAUUGCCAGGAUCCCAAGCCUUAAGGCGGCUAGAGGGAAAGCAGAGGCAACGCCUCAGGCUGCCACCAUCCGCACUCCCUAUUACACCCCGCGGACUGCACAUGGAGCACGGAGGCCUUCCUCCAAGCCCGCAACCUGCGGUGCAACACAACGGAACAAUGCAGCUUGUCGUCACCGACUACCUAAAUACCUACCCAGUGAUCCAGGAGAGACACCACGGAAGAAAUGGCGCGAGAAGUGGCGAUACUACGUCGGAGCAAUGGGAGGUUUCCUGCACAGCAAGACCAGGGGUGUGGUAUAA